UCGGUAUCCACUGCCGUAUCAGAUGAUAUGGUUGAAAUAGAUUUCCCUCUGGGUAAAUUAAAUGAUUCCAAACGCAUUGACUAUGUACUGCAAGAGGCACCCUUGGAAUUUAUAAACGAGUACAUAUUUGCAUUGAGUAGUCAUGUGUGUUAUUGGGAUUCUGAGGAUACCAUACUGUUUGUUAUGAAGGAAAUCUAUUCUGGCCUUGGCAUCAGUCCCGAUAGCCAGGUGCCCCAGCAAACGAUGACAAUUGAACGUCCUAGUUCUCGUAAUAGUUUAUCACAAUCAUAGAUUUGAAUAUUUGGAAUUUUCUCUUC